AUGCAGCUGCAGCCGCCUGGCUGUCGAGACACCGCAGAGGCAUGCGUGUGGCGCCAGGGGCUGCUGCAGCAGCAAAAGCUCCCAAACCCCCAACUGCAGCAGCAGGCUCUGCUGCGGUCUCCCGCCGGCACAGCAGACCUGGCCUUCUAUGCCGGAACAGCAGCAGCAGUGGCAGCAGCGGCAGCAGCAGCACCAGCAGCAGACUGUGGACAGCAGCACGCAGGCUCAGCAGCCACGUCCACACCUGGACUUCAAAGCCUCGAGCUCAGCAUACACCUGAAACGCGGCAGAAGCAGCAGCAGCUGCUGCUUGCUCUUCCUCAUGGAAGGAGAGCCCCAGGAAGACCCCCACCAAUUGCAGCCACUGCAGCAGCAGCAGCAGCAACUGCAGCAACACCAGCAGCAGCAGCGGCAGCCGCAGCAGCACAGACAUUUUGGCUUCUGGAGAAGGUCCCGCCACGCAGGGAUGCAUGCCUCCCUAGGGCAGCACCAGGGCCUGCUCCCGCACCAGCUGCAGCAGCAGCAGCAGCAGCAGCAGCCAGAGCAGUCUCUGCUGCUGCUACAGGGGCUUUUGCCGAAUAGCCGCUCUUCUUCCUCCCAAAAACUGCCGUUGCAGCAGCAGCAGCAACUGCAGCAGCAGCAGCAGCAACUGCUGCAGCAGCAGCAGCAACAGCAGCAGCAGCAGCAAACCCACUGGGAAAGACUGCAGCAGCAGCAGCUGCGGCUAGAACACAUACGAAGGAUGCAGCGGCAUGUUGCAGAUCGGCAGCUUCAGCUUCAGGAGGAGCUCAGACAGCCGCUAAGCCACCGCCACCGCCUGCAGCAGCAGCAGCAGCAGCAGCAGCUGCAGCAGCAGCAGCAGCAGCUGCAGCAGCAGCAGCAGCAGGUCUUUGCGCAAGCCCAGGGAAUUUCUUUGCCCUCGCCAGACCUGGGUUACGUACACUCGCGGCAGCAGCAUCUGCUGCAGCAACAACAGCAGCAGCAGGAAGACCUUUACCAGCAGCAGCAGCAACAGCUGCAACAGGAGCUACAGCAGCAGCAACUGAAGCACCACAGGGGGUUAUCGACAAACCUCCAAGACCUUUCAGAGCCACAAGGUGCUUCUGGAUCUAUGCAACAAACAGAACAGGAGCAGCAGCUGCAUCAGCAGCAGCUACAGCUACAGCAGCAGCUACAGCAGCAGCAGCUGCAGCAGCAGCAGCAGCAUCAAGCACAGCGGCGCCCAGGAGCUCGGUGCGUCAGCACGGAAAAUUCAGCAGCAGCAGCCGCAGGGGCGAGCUCAGCACCCGCAGCAGGAGCACCUGCCCGCUCAGCAGCAGCAGCAGCAGCAGCCCCUGCAGCAGCAGCAGCAGCAGCAGCAGGUGACCUUGAAGCUAGCAGCGAAUGGCUGCCACAGGAGCUUUCCAGGAAGCAGCAAAGCCGCCAAGGCCCCUCCAGUCGUUCUGAAGCUCACAAGAAGCUGCUGCUGCAGCAGCAGAACCAGCAUGAGCAGCAGCAAAAGUUCCUGCAGCAGCAACGGCAGCAGCAACAGCAGCUGCAGCAACAGCAGCUGCAGCAACAGCAGGCUCUGCAGACUGAGCUUCAGCGUAGCUCACUUCAGCAGCAACGCCUGCAGCAGCAGCAGCAGCAGCACAAGAUGCGCCAGCAGCAGCACCAGCAGAGGCCAAAAGGGGAGCAGCAGCAGCAGCAGCAGCAGCACUGGUCCAAGCUGCAACCCAUGCAGCAGCAGCAGUCAAUGCAGCAGCAGCAGUCACUGCAGCAGCAGCAGUCACUGCAGCAGGGUUUAGGGAUUAGGGACUUUGACAGCCCGCCUCCGGCCCGCUACGUGGUGGAGGUGCUGCUGCCGCAGCUGCAGCAGGAGAGCAGCAAAGCUGACUGGCGGCAGCAGACGCAGGCGCUGCUGAACCUCCGCCGGGUGGCCAAAUUCCACACGGCUCUCCUGACGCAAGACUGCAUCCGCCGGCUGUGCAGCGCAGUUUUGUCUUUGCUGAAUUCCCCGCGGAGCUCUUUGGCCAAAAAUGCGGCCAUAGCGCUCAGCGACCUCUUUUGCUUCGCCCGUGGAAAGACGGACUCGGCGGUCUCGGAGGUCAUCGACGUCUGCCUCAAAAAAGUAAGAAGGGAAGCAGCAGCAGCAGCAACAACAGCAGCAGCAACAAGCUGCCAGUCUGUGGAGUUCCUGGCCGAGGCCUCGCGCGCUGUGCUGCACUCCGUGUGUCUUUUUGCUUCCGAGCUGAAGGCCUUUGCUGCCUUUACUGCUGCAACAGCUAACGCCAUGCGGGAUGAUAUGCAGUCGCUGCUGCUGCUGCUGCUGCAGGAAGCACCAAGGGGCUCGUUGCGGUCUGAGGGGGCUUUCCUGCAGACUUCAGGAGAGGCUUCCUCGGACCUCCGUGCUGCUUCCCGUGUGGCUCUUUGGCUGCUUUUUGACGUGAUGUCGGGCGCGGAGUGGAGAGCAGCAGGUGUAUCUUCGGAGCAGCUGAAGUCGGCGCAGGCAGUGGCUGUAAAGACGACUGAGGCGGACGUGACUGGGGUGCUGCAGAGCGUUUCUUCUUCUCUCGGCGACUUGAAGCCAAUGAGUAAUUAA